GCAAGGCCUUUUCGUUCUGAAGCACUCUGGUUAUGGUGCCUGGGAGGUCGAUCUAGUCGACACCUUACUGAAGCGCGCUUGCCAAACGAUCCCUUCAGUAAGGUGGGAGCACACAGAGAGGCUGUUCUCGAAGGCCACGCAGCCAAGAGGACGGACGCCAGGCCGUGUGUGUUGUGUUGUUGACAGGACAAACCGGCGGCCAGUCCUUCGGUCGUUCCAUCCGUCAUGUACGCCAAGACGAAGCUGUGCCAGACCAUCGCUCGCGGCGGCGUGUGUGACAAGGGCGAGAGCUGCACGUACGCCCACAGCCAGGCCGAGCUGCGUCCCCUCCCCGACCUGCGCAAGACCUCACUUUGUAUCGAGUUCUCCAGGGGCAAGUGCUUCGACGCCAACUGCCGGUAUGCACACGGCAAGGGGGAGCUCCGUCAGGGGCCGCCGGGGCAGCGGCAGGGCAGGAGGCAUAAAGAGGCGCUCAGGACAGGGAGCGAGGCCGCCGAUGGGUGAGGGAGGGACAGACAGACAGAGGGGAUGGUGAGACACAAUCUGAUGGCGAGCAAUGUACGGAGUAUGUAUAUGUGUAUGCACAGGUUGGGUAAAAUGAUGUAUCGCAACAGUGUGCGUCCUCGUUCGGCGGCCAUCUACAAGAGGGAUUCGGUUCACCUGGUGGCCAAGGGCGGCCAGGUGCCGCCGCCCCCCGCCCCGGCAGCAGCCAUGGGGUACCCCUUCCCACCUGCCGGCCACCCCAGACCACCGCUGGUGGUGAGUCGCCACGACGUCGCCAGAGGACCCUACAUGCCCAACGGACACCCACACAUGAUGCCGCCACACCUGUAAGAUGCACAGAUGCACUCACUCAUUCACACGAACGCACAUCGAUCGACCAAGCAGAGGCUGGUGGAUGCUUGGAUGGAUGGCUGUCUUGCGUAUGGGUGUGUGCAGCCCCAGCUACCUGGAUCAGCCGUAUGGGUACACGAAGCCCGCCGACCAGCGGCCUCCCCCCUUCUACCCCCCGGCGCCAUACCCACCGCAGCAUCAGCAUCAGCAUCACCACGCCGCUGUUGCGCGCCCCCCCCUCCCCUCCCGCCCACCAUACCCCCCGUCCGCCCUCAAUGCUCCUCCCCCAAUGCCCUACGCGGCCCCACCUGCAUACCCCACCCACCCCGCUUCUGCAGCUGUGGUUGGGCCCAGCAACGGGGCGCCCAUCCUGCGGCCCAACCCCAGGUUCGUCUCAAUGCCAACGGAGAGCGGCUACAGCAACGCCGCCGGCGGCCCCUCAGCGUCGUCAUCGUCACAGCAACCGCAGCAGGGCGGCCAGCCCUCCACAGGCGGCCGGGGGAUUUCUUACUACGACAUGGGCCAGUACCAGCACUCAUCGCUGAAGGGAGAGGGAGAGGGAGAGAUGGGGGAUGUCAACGGUGGCGAGAACUACGGCGCUGAGGAGGAGGAAGAAGACGACAACGACCAGGAGGCAGAGGACGAGGACGAGUACGACCCAGAGGGACAACAGAACGACCACAACGAGACCACCGCUGCCGCAUCGACCACCGGUGCACAGAGGUCCUGCGCUGGUCCUCCUGGUGCUGGUGGUGGAGCUGCGGGUGAGCCGAGGCGUGGUGCGUACGACAACGGGUACAGCCAGGACAACGGGUACAGCCAGGGAGGGCCAGGGGUGUCGUCGAGCCACAGGACAGUGCAGAUGCGGUCGGUGCACAUGGCGGCGGAGGAGGGGCAGGGCAGCUACGGAGGCGGCGGCAUGUACGCCGACCGAAUGUAUCAGUAUCGCUAAGCUAAGGCAGACAGACAGACAGACAGGCCGUCCAACCAUCUAUCCAUCCAUUCGAUGGAUCUGUGCAAUGCUUGGGUGGUUAAGUGGGUGGAGGGGAGGAAGGGAGGGAGUGAGGGAAUGGAGAGCGUGCAAGGUUUGACUGUUUGUUUGUGGCUGACUCAGCUUAGCUCCAUUGCCCGUUUUCCUUCCUCCUUCCUUCUUUCCUUCCUUGCUUGGUGUUUUCGACACUUCUGGAUGACUGAGCACUGUGAGUGAGGUGAGCCAGCUUGUAAGUAACAGAACAGAGCAGGACCUCGCCGAAAACAGGGGGCGGCACACGCAAGGCGACGCAUUCAUGGCGUCCAAGCUCCACACAUGGAGGGAUGGAUGGAUGAUUUUUGCGAACGAAUUCAUCAGCUCAUCUUUCGUGUGAGUAAUGGACUCCUCGUGUGCGCGUGUCGUUGAUCGGUUUGCCUGCAAGCGGGCAGCCGCCCCUCCCUCUCUCUCUGUGUGUGUGCCUGUGUGUGUGUGUGUGUGU